UCGAGAUGCGCUGCGACAAAUUCGCUGAAGCUGGGAGAGCAGAGAGAGAGAGAGAGAGAGAUAGAAAGAUAGAGAUCAUGGUGAGUGUGUCCCGGGCCGAAUUCACUAAGAGUUCUGGGGGCGCGUCCUCACUGGUGGUGUGGAGUUCAGGCGGUGACUCCAUUGGGUGAAUCGGGUAGGCGGAAAGGAGGCACCAUUCGGAGUAGGCGCUACGCGGGUCUACAUGGGGAAGGAUUGCGGACGGAUCUGCCCUUAACUAGUGGUAACCUCAAGGAAAUUAUGUUCAUUUUCCCCCAAAAAUAUACCUUAUUCAGAAAUAUUACAAAAUAAAGUUAUUUACUAAAAUAAGAUUAUGUCCAUGGGACACAUAGGCCUUCGCCCGCUGUUCUUUCUGAAUAACCGGUUGUCCUCCCCGUCUCCCUAUCUCCACAGCGUGAGUGUAUCUCAGUCCACAUCGGGCAGGCCGGCGUUCAGCUGGGUAACGCUUGCUGGGAGCUGUACUGUCUGGAGCACGGCAUCCAGCCGGAUGGACAGAUGCCGAGUGACAAGACCAUCGGAGGGGGCGACGAUUCCUUCAACACCUUCUUCAGCGAGACAGGGGCGGGCAAGCACGUCCCCCGGGCUGUCUUCAUCGACCUGGAGCCCACCGUGGUCGAUGAGGUCCGGACCGGCACCUACCGGCAGCUCUUCCACCCCGAGCAACUCAUCACGGGCAAGGAGGACGCGGCCAAUAACUACGCGCGGGGCCACUGUUCCAUCGGCAAGGAGAUCGUGGACCUGGUCCUGGAUCGCCUCCGGAAGCUGGCGGACCAGUGCACGGGGCUGCAGGGGUUCCUCAUCUUCCACAGCUUCGGGGGCGGCACCGGCUCGGGCUUCACCUCCCUCCUCAUGGAGAGACUCUCCGUCGAUUACGGCAAGAAAUCCAAGCUGGAAUUCUCCGUCUACCCGGCGCCCCAGAUCUCCACCGCCGUGGUCGAGCCUUACAACUCGGUGCUGGUCACCCACUGCACCCUCGAGCACUCGGACUGCUCCUUCAUGUUGGACAACGAGGCCAUCUACGACAUCUGCCGGCGGAACCUGGACAUUGAGCGACCCACCUACACCAACCUCAACCGCCUGCUGGGUCAGGUGGUGUCGUCCGUCACCGCUUCGCUGCGCUUCGAUGGCGCCCUCAACGUGGACCUUCUGGAGUUCCAGACCAACCUGGUGCCCUACCCCCGCAUCCACUUCCCGCUGGUGACCUACGCGCCCCUCAUCUCGGCCGAGAAGGCUUACCACGAGCAGCUGUCCGUGGCUGAGAUCACCAACGCCUGCUUCGAGCCGGCCAACCAGAUGUUGAAGUGCGACCCACGCCAGGGCAAGUACAUGGCGUGCUGCAUGCUGUACCGCGGAGACGUGGUGCCCAAGGACGUGAACGCUGCCAUAGCCACCAUCAAGACCAAGCGCUCCAUCCAGUUCGUGGACUGGUGUCCGACCGGCUUCAAGGUCGGCAUCAACUACCAGCCCCCAACCGUGGUGCCCGGCGGUGACCUGGCCAAGGUGCAGCGCGCCGUCUGCAUGCUGAGCAACACCACCGCUGUGGCCAUGGCCUGGACCCGCAUGAACAUGAAGUUCGACAAGAUGUACGCCAAGCGGGCCUUCGUCCACUGGUACGUGGGCGAGGGGCUGGAGGAGGGGGAGUUCCAGGAUGCACGGGAGGACAUGGCCUCGCUGGAGAAGGACUACGAGGAGGUUGGCAUCGAUUCGGCAGAUCUGGACAAGAGGGCCGAGGAGGAAGAUUGA